AUGGAGCUGCUCCAGGACCCCAAGAAGCAGUCGCACCACCAACCCGCCGAGGAGAGCCAGAACAAUGAGGACCUGCUCCCCGUCCCAGUGCGGUCUGACUCCACCUACACCACGUUUGAGACGCCUGACACGAUUGCUUCAUCUCCACCUCGCUGUUCUCUGUCGCCUCGAAUCGGAUCUGAAGACCACCACCCAUCUGAAGACCACCACCCAUCUGAAGACCACCACCCAUCUGAAGACCACCACCCAUCUAAAGACCACCACCCAUCUGAAGACCACCACCCAUCUAAAGACCACCACCCAUCUAAAGACCACCACCCAUCUGAAGACCACCACCCAUCUGAAGACCACCACCCAUCUAAAGACCACCCCCCAUCUGAAGACCACCACCCAUCUAAAGACCACCACCCAUCUGAAGACCACCACCCAUCUAAAGACCACCACCCAUCUAAAGACCACCACCCAUCUGAAGACCACCACCCAUCUGAAGACCACCACCCAUCUAAAGACCACCACCCAUCUGAAGACCACCACCCAUCUAAAGACCACCACCCAUCUGAAGACCACCACCCGUCUAAAGACCACCACCCAUCUGAAGACCACCACCCAUCUGAAGACCACCACCCGUCUAAAGACCACCACCCAUCUGAAGACCACCACCCAUCUGAAGACCACCACCCGUACGGGGUUUGGUUUUAA